GUUGAUUGGAGGACAAAUAACGAUUGGACAACCCAAGACAAGCCAUUGGUAGAAAUCAGGGCUAACAUCAGCGCACGGAAGUUUUAAAUUUUGUUACUGUUUAAAACCCAGGCAUUGACGCCAGGCUGGCGUUAACUGCCCCUCGGCACAAGCUUGGACUCGUUUUGCCUUUGGACUUGACCAGUUUUCUGGGACCCACCUCCUGCUCAGGCUACUGAAGCCCGCUUGAAGCGCGAUAUGGGGCUUGGGCCCCUUCCUGCCCGGGCCAAAUUGUAGCGGUGGAAGUGCUCUUAACGAGCUACAACAAGGGAGCACGCUGCCUCAGUUACGCAUAUAGCAGGGGAUCUGAGCUCUUCAAAAAAAUGAAAAAGGAAGUAAAACUGGUCUCGUUCUAGGGUUUUAUCAAGGUACAGAGCCAACUGCAAAUCUGCAAUAGCCUAGAGAGCCUGUUUAAGUGCAAUGGAGUCCCCAACCAACAUCUACAAGCCCCACUCAGAUCACUGAAAAAUGGAGAACCCAGAUACAAAAACCACUAGAUCACCGCCGCCACAAGAACCAAACCUCAAGAAGCUCAAAAUGUCGACCACCACCACCAGCGAUGACGAUGAAACCACCACCACAGACAGCACCAAAAAGCAAAGGUACAAGCGUCGAAAGGUUGCAAUUUUCUUCGCUUAUUGCGGUGUGGGAUACCAAGGCAUGCAAAAGAAUCCAGGCGCCAAAACCAUCGAGGGCGACCUCGAAGAAGCCCUCUACCUCUCCAACGCGGUUCCCGAGCAGGACCGCAACAACCCUAAACGCUAUGAUUGGGCCCGCUCCGCCCGUACCGAUAAGGGCGUAAGCGCCGUCGGUCAGGUUGUAUCGGGCCGCUUCUAUGUCGACCCACCGGGCUUCGUCGACCGCCUCAAUUCCAACCUUUCCCCUCAGAUUCGGAUUUUCGGCUACAAGCGCGUGACGGCGUCGUUUAACGCCAAGAAGUUCUGUGAUCGGAGAAGGUAUGUGUAUCUCAUUCCCGUGUUUGCUCUUGAUCCCAGUGCUCAUCGCGAUAGAGGGAGCGUUUUGGCUAGUCUUGGGUCUGAUAAGGAGUUUGUUAAGUGCUUGGAGUGCUCCGAGAGAGGGCGUAAAGUGGGGGGCUUGAUGGGUAAGCGCAAUUAUGAAUUGAGAGGGACGAGUUUUGAGCUAGACAUUUCGUCGAACACCAAUGAGUCUGUGGUUGACUCUGAGUUUAAUGAAGAAACUAAGGUUUUUCCGGACAAUGCUGGUGGUGAUGAUUCCAAAUCUGAACCCAGAAAUGAAAUUAGCACUAGUAGUAAUAACAAUGUGGUUUCUGGAGUUGAGGUUGAGAAUUCCGAGGAAACUGAUUUGAAUUCGGAGCCACUGAAUGAUACAACAAAAGUUAGUGUUGGUGAAGAGAACGCUAAUGGAGAAGAAAAGCCAGAGAAGGAAAGUGGAAGUGAGUUUUGUUAUGGUGAGAAGGAGAAGGAUAGGUUCAACAGAAUCUUGAAUUGUUAUGAGGGGACUCAUAACUUCCACAACUUCACCACCAGAACUAAAGCUGCAGACCCCGCUGCUCAGCGAUACAUCAUUUCGUUCAAUGCAAACACCGCAGUUACAGUUGGGGGUUUGGACUUUGUUAAGUGUGAAGUUGUAGGGCAGAGCUUCAUGCUUCAUCAAAUUAGGAAGAUGAUUGGGCUUGCCGUGGCAAUCUUCAGGAACUGUGCUCCGGAGUCAUUGUUAGAAAUAGCUUUGCAAAAGGAUGUUAACAUCAAUGUGCCUACGGCACCUGAGGUUGGUUUGUACUUGGACGAGUGCUUCUUUGCUUCAUAUAACCAGAAAUGGGGAGACAGUCAUGAAGAGCUGUCAAUGAAAGACUAUGAACAAGAGGCAGAAGAUUUCAAGAUGAAGCAUAUAUACCCUCAUAUUGCAUCCACGGAGCUAAAAGAAGGUGUCGUGGGUCUCUGGUUGCACUCUCUCAACCACCGUAAUUACCCCGAUUUAUGCGCUGCUGCUGCUGCUGCUGACAGCAAUGGAAACACCAGCAAUGGAGAAAGUGUUGAUGUGGGGAAUGUCGCUGGGGAAAAAAGUUGUAGUCCAGUUUCAUUCAUCGUAUGAGUUGAUGCUUGUAACUGUCUGUUGACAAUGCGACUUACAUGGUAUGAAGAAUUUUAUAAUUACGUUAGUUGCUGCUGCUGCUGCGUAAUUUUUUCUUUGAA